AUGACACAUACCUCGCGAAUCACUGACUCAAUCCUCUCUCGUAAUGCCUACCUGGCCGCCUACAAAUCUGACUACGCUACCUUCCAACAUUACCGGGAACACUUGCUCGCCGAGAUUCUCAAUCUCUACCAAAACAGAUUAUUCCCGAUCCAAUUAGAUGCCCUCCGGGAACGAUUCGAAGUAUCACUACAAGAGGUUGUGAACGCCACACCCGUUGACGUGGAGGUACUCGAACGAAACUACGAAUAUAAUCCCUUCUUAACAUUGGAAGAACAGCGAGAUUUGGUCCAACGGGCACAUUUCGAACACGCCUUUUCCCGGCUAAGGGAAAACGUUCAUAGUGCGGUGAAAAGUACUUUCCGAUUUAAUAGCGUGGAUCCGGUUCCAGCUCACUUAUAA